AUGGUGGGCGUCCUGACCGUGGCGGCGGCGGCGGCGGCGGCGGCGGGGGACUACGAGAUGAAGGCAUGCAAAAAGCGAAGGAAAGAUGAUGACACACUUUCCUGCAAAACAAUUAGGGAAUAUUUAUCACCAGUAGGAAAGUCUGGGGACAGGAUUUUUUCUUCACCCAAAUCCAGUAAUAUUCUGGAUUAUUUUAGAAAGUCUUCCCCUACAAAUGAACAGACUCGAUCAGCAAAAGAAUGCAAGAUAAAUUCACACAUAACAUUGCCGGCUCACAGAGACAAAGAUUUGAAAACACCUUUGGAAAUGUUCUCAAAUACAGAGUUUAAAAGGAGAAGAAAAAGAGUUCAUCGGCAAAAUGAUAUUCAACCUAAAAAUGAAUUGCCAAUUGAAAUCCUCAGCGAUGAUAGCACGGAAGGUAGUUUAAAUCAUGACUUUGUGGAAAGUAGUACUUCGGUGUGCCUGUAUAACAAGCAUGUAGAAGAACUUGCAGAAUAUGUUGCAGAUAUUCCAAACCAGUCAAGCACUUCAAUCUCCAGAAGUUCUGAGAGUGUCAGUCCUAAAGAAAGGACCACAAAAAGUGCUUGCAAAAAAUUGAGAAAAAGAAAGCACAAGGAUAUAAUAGAGCUAUCUGAAAGUUUCCUUGGGGCAGAGGGACUCGGUCUUAAGAAAAAUGGUAAAGAGAGUGAACAGAGAAUGCUUUCCCCGACUAAGGAAAUUGACAGCACUGAAAUUUAUCUAAGCUCUGGUGAUAAUGUCACUGAAACGCCCCAAUUCAAUGAGAGGACCAUAACUGUUUCCUAUGAAGAAUUUUUAAAAAGUCAGACAGAAAUGCAAGAACAUAUACCAGAUUCUACAGUGUCAACUUGUAUCCAUUCUGAUGCCAUUGAAGAGGCAGUCAAAAGUGGUUGUACAAAUGAUAGGGAAGCCUGUGAAAUUUCCCAGCAAGUAUGCUCUAAAACAGUAACUGUUCUUGCACAAGUUCACCCUGUUCCCCCAAAAAAGACAGGGAAAAUACCUGCAAUUUUCUUGAAGCAAAAGCAGUUGGAAAUGGAAACUAGUCUGUCCGAUCCUGAAAAUGAACAGACAGUUCAGAAACGAAAAUCUAAUGUGGUUAUCCGGGAGGAAGAAUUAGAAUUGGCAGUAUUGGAAGCUGGAAGUUCUGAAGCUAUGAAACCAAAAUGUUCUCUAGAAGAAAGACAGCAGUUUAUGAAAGCAUUCAGGCAGCCAGGUUCAGAUGCCCUUAAAAAUGGAGGUAAAAAGACUGAUAAGCAGAGAGAGCUCUGUGAAAAAUCUUCAAGUGAGGACGGAGGGGACCAUAAUUCUAAAGUAAUUAUGGAAAAUCCCAGUGUACAAAUACUUUCAAAUAAUGACAGUUCACAGUCAUACCCUGAUAAAGGAAGUUUUUAUAAGGAGAAGAGUAAAACACUGAAGAAAAAGAAUAAGAAAAUGUUUAAUAUUGCUACUGCUUCAGGUGAAAAUAGAGAGGAAGAACUUCAAAAGAAAGAAACAACUUUUUUCUUUAAAGAUGAGCAAAAUCAAAAUAGACUUAGAAUGAGUUUAAGAAAAAAGAAAACAGAAGUUUCCCGAAACAGUGAAAGUCUUGCUGGCGAAGAUAAAGCCAAUGAUAAACCUUUGAAGAUGACUGCUUUCUGCAGCAAUAAAUCUAUAAGAAGAACCAGCACACCAAUUAAGGAUAAGACAAUACAUUCUAAAGUUCAAACUGAAGAUAGUUUGGUAAAUUAUUCCACUCCCAAAUCAACCAGAAGAAGAUCUUUGAGAAGUAGCAACAUAUCUGCAGUCCUUGGAGGUUCUGAAGAUGAACGAGAUGAUAGUCCUGUGAAGGCUUCCACUCCCAAAGCAGCCAGCUUAUCAGAAAAGCACAGCCUAUAUACAGCGGAACUAAUAAUGGUGUCCUCUGACUCAGAGAGCCCUAUUAGAAUGAAAUUUACCAGAAUUAGUACUCCAAAAAAAUCUAAGAAAAGAUCCAAGAAAUCUGAAGCAACAGAUGAAGAUUUCACUUCUCAGACUAGAAAGGUAAGCCUGGCUUCAAAAAAUGUAUCGAAAGCAAAACAACUGAUUGAAAAAGCAAAAGCCUUACACAAUAAUAGAUCAAAAGCUACUGAAGAAAUAGUGACACCUGUAAGGCGUUCAUCUAGACAUCAAAUGGUUCUUGAAAGGAAGAAAUCAUCAGAAACAGACGACUCUGUAAUAAUAAUAGAGUCAAGUCCUACUUCUUUAAAGCAUCCUGAGGAAAAUCAGAAGAAACUUCAGAAUCUGAAUGAUGUGCUAGGAAAAAAACUUAAGGGUCCUAAAAGUAUCCCUGGAAAAAUGAAAGUUGCUCCUUUAUUUGUAACCAGGAAGUCUCAAAAAACAGCUGAUCCUGUUCUUGGUUUUGAUGAAAACAGUCAAGAUACAUCUGAAAAAUCUCAGAAUUGUGACAUGCAGUUCAAAGCAAAGCGUGAUUUUCUGAUGAGUGGUCUGCCGGAUUUGUUGAAACGACAAAUUGCAAAGAAAGCUGCUGCACUAGAUGUGUAUGAAGCAGCAAGUACCAGUUUCCAGAGAGUUGUUCAUGUUCAACAAAAAGAGGAUGGAUGUCAUUUGUGGCAUUUGAAAUCACCCACUUGUCCUCUCUUAACUAAACUUAAGGAACAGAAUACAAAGAUAAUGGAUAUCUCAAAAUGUGUUAUGACUCUUGGUGAAUUUUCAACAUUGAAUUCAGAUUCAGAAAUUAAAAAGUCUGCUAUUAAGUUAAUGGGGAGAAAGAAAGACUUAACUGAAGAAAUUAGAAAUCUUUUGCUGGAAGAAAUUAGGUGGUCAAAUCCUGAAUUUCCUUUGAAGAAAUAUUUUUCUUUGCUACUGAAAAAAAGGGCUGAGCAUCAGGUACUUUCUGAGAGUCAUCUUAAACAAGACAAUUCACAUCCAGAGGAUGAUGUCAAAAAGAAAGAAACUAAAAGAAAAAGAGUGGGAACAGAAUGUCAUAAGUCAAAAAGAAAGAAACCAAAUGAGUGUUCAGAAAGUCCAAAAAUGGUAAACGGGAAGCCAGAAGAACUUAACAAAAGAAACUUCUCUGCUGGGACAAAAUUUGAUUCUUCCAAAGAUCUGUCCUCUAAAACAUUCAGGAAGAAGGAUUCAGCUUUGAACAUAACAUGUAAAGUGGAAACAGAAGCAGUAGAAGAUUCUGAUGUUCUGAUAAUAGAUGACGAAAGCUCUAUCUCAGAAGUGUCUUCUGUUUCUGAUUCUGGACCUGAAGAUAUCCUUUGGACAGAAAAAUAUCAACCUCAGAACUCCAGUGAACUCAUAGGCAAUGAGCUAGCUAUAAAAAAAUUACACAGUUGGCUGAAGGACUGGAAAAGAAGAGCUGAAUUGGAAGAAAGACAAAAUUUGAAGGGAAGAAGGGAGGAAAAACAGGAAGAUCUGUCAGAUGCGGAUUUUAAAGGCAGCUCAGAUGACGAAGACACCCGCCUGUGCAACACCAUGCUUAUAACAGGGCCGACCGGGGUGGGGAAGACAGCUGCGGUGUACGCAUGUGCUCAGGAGCUGGGAUUCAAGAUAUUUGAAGUGAAUGCUUCUUCUCAGCGCAAUGGUAGGCAAAUUCUGUCUCAACUGAAGGAAGCUACCCAGUCCCAUCAAGUGGACAAGCAAGGUGUCAAUUCACAAAAGCCUUGUAUUUUUAAUAACUACAACCUAGGCAAGUCACCAAAAAAAUUAAAUUCUCCUCGGAAAGUUGUUACCUCACCAAGGAAACUUCCUCCCUCAUCACCAAAAAGCAGUGGAGCAAAGCGAGCACUUCCCAAAACUUUGGCAAAUUAUUUUAAAGUAUCUUCCAAGACGAAAAAUAAUGAAGCACUUCUGGAAAAAAAUAAAGGAAUCACAAAUUCUUUUGAACAGAAACAAAUUUUUCAGACUAGUUCUACAAACACAACAAACUCAAAUGUCAAAGAAUUUGGAGCAGAGGAACUCAACAGGAAAAAUGCAACGUCUCUUAUUCUUUUUGAGGAGGUUGAUGUCAUUUUUGAAGAAGAUGCUGGGUUUUUGAAUGCAAUCAAAACAUUCAUGGCAACCACUAAGAGGCCUGUCAUCCUUACUACAAGUGAUCCAACAUUUAAAUUAAUGUUUGAUGGCUAUUUUGAAGAAAUUAAUUUCAGCACUCCUUCAUUGCUUAAUGUUGCCAGCUACCUACAGAUGAUUUGCUUGACUGAAAAUUUUAGAACAGAUGUAAAAGACUUUGUUACGUUUUUAACUGCGAAUACUUGUGAUAUAAGAAAAAGUAUCCUCUACUUACAAUUCUGGAUCAGAAGUGGAGGUGGAUUUUUUGAAGAAAGACCACUAUUUCUUUGUCGAGAAAAUACAAAUGUACAGCUUGUUUGCUCCAACGAUGACCCUUUUUCUAAAAAUAACUCUAAAAAUAGUCAGAGGACUCCUUCAGACCUUCCUAAAUGUGCCACAGGCUGUGCUGAAACUGUGUUUGGCCUGAAGAACAUCUUUUCCCCAUCUGAAGACUUGUUUUCAUUUUUAAAGCACACAGUUAGAACAAAGGAAGAAUGGCAUAAAUUCAUCCAGCUUCUUACAGAAUUCCAAAUACAGAAAGUAGAUUUCUUACAUAGUAAUCUUGAGUUCAUUCUACCUUUACCUGUUGGUAUCAUUCCUGAAUUGGAAAACCUUUCUGGUCCUUCAGUAAAUGUGGACACCAGUGCAGCAACGAAUAAUGCAAAAUGUCUUGCAAGGAAGCAUACUGAAGAGGGACAGCUAUCGAAAAAAACGCAGAAAAAGAAACAUAAGAAAAAGAUCAUAACUUUGGAUGAUAGUGACUUAAUUGACACAGGAUUGGAUUUUUCUGAUGAACUGAGCAGCAUAACCCCUGCCUGCAAUUCAGAAGAGAACGAAGCCCAAGACAAGGAAAGCAAUCCAGAGACAAAGAAACAGAACAAAUCUUUAGAGUUGAAUAUGGAAUCACUUCCUUGUCCUCCUAAAACAGUGGCAGAAAAAAGAAGUUCUGCCCUUGUUUCGCACUGUUUAAAUUCUCUCACUGAGUUUAUGGAUAAUAUGUCCUUCUUAGAUGCCCUUUUGACUGAUGUAAGGGAACAGAAGGAAUUUGGUAAAGAUGACUUUAGCUGGACAAAUGGAAAGGUUAAAAGUGGCCUUUGUGAUGAGUGCAGGCUUGAGAAAAAUGAUGGGUGGACUUCUCAAAACUCUGGGGAAUUAAAAGCAGCUGUACAAGCUCUCAGCUUUACCAAAUGUUCUUCUACUCUUUCAAAAGCACUAGAAACCUUGAAUGCUUGCAAGAAAUUAGGAAGUGAUCCAACUGAAGAUCUUACAAGUUAUGUUUCUCAAAAGCGGAACAAUGUGUAUUUCAACCAUUCAGCAGCUAAUUUAGACAACGCUUGGAAGAGAAUAGCUGUCAUUAAAAGUGUAUUUUCUAGCCGAUCUCUUCUGAACCUGGGUAAUAGACAAGCUAGUGUAACUGACUAUUUGCCAACUCUUCGAAACAUUUGUCAGACUGAGAAGCUGAAAGAACAAGGCAAAAGUAAAAGAAGGUUUCUGCACUAUCUUGAAGGAAUUCAUCUUAACCUUUCAAAAGAGACUUUGAAUACCCUGGCAGCUGGCUUUCCUUAAUAAUUUUACAUUAAUAAUGCCUUGUACAGAUUAUGAUGUUUUAUACAUUUUUAUAUUGAUUUUCAUGGGGGAGUUUUAAUUUCUCAAUGUACAUUUAAAACAGACUAUAUUUUUAUUAGUAUGCAAGUAUUUAAAUGAAAAAAUUGAAUUACAUAUUGUAUUUAUUAUUGUGUUUUAGUGU